AUGGUGGAUUUGUUUGCGCCAGCGAUAUUGGAGAGCGAUAACGAGGAUUGGCUCGAAGAAGAUGAAGAAAGCAGUGAAGAUGAGCAAAAGGCAUUGUCGGUACGACAAAAGAAAAAAAUAGCCGGAGCAGCUCCAGAAUUCGCUUCGUCUUUUCAUUUUGAUCCAUUCGAAGAUGCGAUGGACGUAGAUCGCGAGACUCAUGAUUUGAAGAAGUACCUGAAGAAGACCACAGUUUCAACUCUGGAAGAGAAGAUUGCUGCCGAGCGCUUACGAAAGAACACAUCGAAAGAGAUUGAUUUGGAAGCAAAGCCUGAAAAUGAUGACGCUGAAGUUGAACAAUUGGGAAAAGCAACUCGAGAUGCUCUGAAAGAAAAGGAACGAAAACUGAAGGGAAAGAAAAAAGUCGAUGAUUUUUUCGAGGAACACUUAAUGGAAAACGUUACCGAUGGAUUGACUUUUGUACAAAUGAAUCUCAGUCGGCCAAUACUCAAAGCCAUCGGAGCCGCUGGAUUUACUGACCCAACACCGAUUCAAGAGGCAUGCAUUCCUGUGGCGCUGGCUGGAAAGGAUAUUUGUGCUUGCGCAGCUACCGGUACCGGUAAGACGGCGGCGUUUGCACUGCCAAUCUUGGAAAGAUUGUUAUAUCGUCCUGGUCAACGAUCGAUUACACGCGUUCUUGUUUUGGUGCCGACUCGUGAGCUGGCGAUUCAAGUGUUUCAAGUUUUCCGGAAGUUAUCGGCGACUAUUCCCAAUGCUCCCGAUGUUUGCCUCUGUGCAGGUUUG